CUAAGGCAGAGCAGAAACAAGAUGUCUACCAAUGAAGAGGAGGUUGGAGAAAUCCUUGAAUAUGACGAGUUGGAUGUUGAUGAUGAAGAAAUAGAUGAACUUCUUCACCUCUCUCCUUCAGAAGAAAUGACAGAGCAAUAUCACAAACUUUUAACAAGAAAUCAUAAAUUAGAGCAAGAGCGUCGUGAGCUAAUAUCUCAACUAACAAGUUUAAAGGAAUCUUCUUUAUACGAAUCUAAUAGUCAAUCGACCACUGGUGGUACUGCAACUAGUGAUCAUCUUGUUGAAAUAAAAGGAGAGCUGAAUCAUGUUCUAUUAGAGAAAACUUCACUGGAAGAAGAAAAUGGAUAUUUGAAGAAAAGGUUAGAAUUGAUUGAGGACCAGAAGCAGCUAAUGAGUGAAGAAAUGAAGAAACUAGAAGAAACAUCAAAACUUAAUGUGCAGAAACUUCAUAACAAAAUACUGGAAUGCGAUGAUAUUGCUAGACAGUUGUCAAAAUCGCAGGAGAAAGUGAAAGAGUUGGACAGAAAAUUGAGAGAGAUGGAUGAAGAACACAGACUAGUGAGCAUCUCAAGGAAGAGAUUAUCUGAUUAUAGUGACCUUGAACAACUAAACAAUACUUUAACCAAAGAAAAUGAAGUAUUAAAAGGCCGUGUAGAUAAUAACGAUUUAUUGAUAUAUCAACUGCAUACUUUGCGAGAUAAAGUAGCUAAACUUGAAGCAGCUCAAGUUGACUAUAAUGAAUUGGUGACAGAAAAUAAACUCAUGAAAGAGCAAUUAGAGUCAUACUCUAUAGAAGGAGGAGCAACUCCCCUAAGGUCGCCAUCUUUGAUGAAGUUACAGUUGAUUCAAUUUCAACAAAAAGAUAUAAUCCAAGCAACAAAGCUCUCAGAAAUGGAAACAAAAUUAACUAUUUCUGAUAACAAUAACAGAAAAUUAACUCAAGAAAUCGAGCAUCUGAAAGAAGAAAUGACAAAGUUAAAUUCUGAGAUAGAAAUUAAGAAUGAAACUAUCCAAAAACUGGAAAGAAAGAACAAGUUGAUUGCUAAGGAAAGAGAAGGCUGCAUUAAUAUACUUAAUUCUUAUAAACUUGACAUUGGAGCAGAUUCUGUGUUGAAAGAACAAGUUACUGAAUUGGAAGCAAGUAAUGAGAGAUUAAGGGCCAGGAUUGAUGAGUUAACAAAUGAAAUAGAAUCAAAAGAAUUAUUUGUUAAAAGAGAAAAGAGACAGAGGAUUGAUUAUGAUGCAGAAGUGUAGCAGUUCCCUCUCUUCACUUCCUUUCUUAUCUUCUAAUGAGUGUAGAGUUUGAUUUUAUGUAUCUCUUUGUCCAGGCA